AUGGCACUAGCGGUUAUUCGUUUGCCUGUUUCAGCGAUGGCUAAACUUUGGGUGAAAUUACUGGUAACUUAUUGCUUUUACUUGUUUUGUCAAUCGAACGCCAACUCUACCACGGCAAUGGCAAAAUGGUCGUCAGAGUUGAAUAAAAAACAUCUUGUGGUUCUCGUAUCAGAGUAUCCGGUAUCACUGAAGAUCCAAAGGAACUCGACAGGCCAAGUGAUUAAAUUGUCCGGCGUUUCAUCUCUGAUAUUAGAAUGGCUAUCUCGUCGAUACCAAUUUGACUACACUAUCCUGGACGUCAAUGUAACUACCCUUGAAGAUGGAGGACCGAAAUUACCCGGAAUAAUUAGUUACGCAACUAGGGGAGAAUGUGACGUCAUUAUUGCAGUCAUCCGACAAACCCCACAACGUUUACGUCUUCUGGAACUCGUUCACCCCUGGAUGUACGCGUCGAUGGCCUUUAUGAUCCCAAUGCCUGAGGUUUCACAAAAUAACGUUGACGCCGUCGUCAAGCCAUUUCAGUUCUGGGUUCGUUAUUGA